UGCUUAAGCGCGGACAUGACAAUAUUUUAACGAAAUUAUUUGUAUUUGUAUUUUUCGUUACUUUUGUGCGUUGCACUCAUCGGACGUGCCCGACUCCCUUGGAACCGGAACCGGAAUCGAAACCUUCUGGAACUUUAUGGAAUCUCGCUUUCACAACAUUUCUAAAAUAUUUUCUAUAAAAAUAUGUUGGAAGUUUAUGAUUCAGUUUUAGAAUCACGCUUCUAUUCUUUUAAAAUAAAAUACAAUGUCAUGUAUCAAUAAAAAAAACUAUAAUCCCGGUCAUUGGGGAAUUAACAUUUCGGCAUCACCAGGGACAGAUGACCGACACGUGGCAACACGUGACUAGUCUGGAUCACUUCUGUGAGGCCAGGAUACCUCUAUAUAAUUCAAAAAAAAAAUAUAUAUAAUCAUAGUUUUUAAUUUAUGUAAAAUCCAAAUUUUAAUAGUAAAUGAAUAGAGAGAAUAUAAAUAUAUAAAUAUUAAAAUUAAUACUAGAAAUUAUAUUUAUGUAUAGAUGUUUUUAUUAAACAUAUAUAAUAUAUACAAAUAUAUUGUGUCAAUUAUUUAUGAAGUAUUAAAAAUAAUUAAUAUAAUAAUUUCUUUUAAAAAAUCUCGAUUUUGUGCCUAGCUUCAGUUUCCAUGUAACAUAAUUUGUGAUUAAUGAUAGUUUUCUAGGGUUUAGAGGGGCAUAAGUAAUAAUGGAGAAAAGGUUCCUAAAAGAGAAGCAAAGUAGCUCAGAGGAAAGAAGAAGAAGCAACUCAGAGAUAAACGAUUUACCAGAUUCAUUUCUUUGUCACAUACUCUUUUUUCUCUCGACAAAAUAUUCAGUUCGAAGCAGCCUUUUGUCCAAACGUUGGAGGAGUCUCUGGUUACAGGUUCCUGCUUUCGACUUGGACUCACUCCAAUUCAACGAUGAUGUUUUCAGUUUUACGGACUUCGUCCAUAGAUUUCUUAAAUCUGACGAAAAUCUAACCUUGAAUAGAUUCAAGUUGAUCUGUUCUCCUGACGAUAUUGAUGAUGAUGAUAAUAAUGAUAGUGUUUUGGAGUUGUGGAUAGAUGCUUUAGUUAGGCGUAGGGUUCAUCAUCUGGAUUUUCAAGUUAACUCAGACGAUGACAAAAUAGUUUGUAUGCCUCUUUCGCUAUAUUCAUGUAAUACCUUGGCCAACUUAAGUCUCUACCACGUAGCUUUGAGUGACAUGGAACUAGAGUUUGUUGCUUCCCUACCUUGUCUGAAGGUUAUGUGUUUAGAUACUGUAAGGUAUGAGUAUGACGAUUCGCUGAUCCAUGACGAAUCCAAUUACCUUGAGACACUUCUAACCAGCUGCCCGGUUCUUGAAAAGUUAACCAUAAUCAGGGAUAUAUUUGAUUAUCUUAAAAUUAUUUGUGUGCGCUCCAAGUCUUUAAAAAGUUUAACUCUAUGGGUUGACUCAUGCCAAGUUGGUCUCUUGGAAGAUCAUGUUGUGGAAAUAGAUGCUUCGAAGCUUGAGCAUAUGAGUCUCCGUGAUCACUUAUCUAGAAGCAUCGUUAUACACAGUAUUGCUCCCUAUGCAUCGGUGAACAUCGAUGUUCACUUUGAUGGGAAUGAUGGUUAUACAUCACUGGACCAAGAUGAUGAUGAUUCUAAUUCCAAGAGGACUAUGAUCCGUAAUUUCCUCACCAAGAUAUCCACAGUCUCCCGCAUGGAGAUCUCUUACAAUACUCUAGAGGUCAUCCAUGAUUACUCAAAAUUGGAACAGUUACCUCACUUCUCUAACUUGUCUUGGUUAUAUGCUUCUUUCCUUGACUCGUUUUGGGAAUUGCUGCCAACCUUUCUUUGUUGCUGUCCGAAUCGACACACACUCUUCUUGGAAUUUGUGUUUGAUAUAGAGGAAAGCCCAAUGAAACUCUCAUCUGUGCCGCCGUGUUUCGUAUCGUCUCUCAAGUAUGUUAAGCUUGCGACGCAAGGCACAACAAAAACAUCAAGCCAGAUGAAAUUAGCUAGAUAUUUCCUGAGUCAUUGUGCUGUCCUGAAGAAACUGAGCUUAAGCAAGAGUUUUGGUGAUGGCAUCAUCAAGAAAAUAAAAAAGAUUCAAAGAAAGUCUAGAGAGUGCAUCAUUGUCACUGGUUGUCUGGUUAAGCCACACAACUUAUACCAUAGACAAGAUGAAUAAUGAAUCCAACUCUUAUAGUAGUAGUAAUCCAGUGUAAGACUAUUUUAGCUUUUUUCUUUUUUUUGUUGUGUGUGUGAGCAUGGCUUCAUGUUUCCUAGGUUCGAUCUAGAUGUUAUCAAGCUAGUUUUCCUUCUUUAAAGAGUUUAUACUGUCGAUCAGACUCUAUUAAUCUUAUAUCUUAUGAAGUUGGGUGUUAUGUGAAAAAAAGAAAGGAGAUAGUUUUCUUCAUCAGUGAAAUAAGGUUCUUGGUGUGUGUUUUAGGCGCUUUUUGUUAGGAAAUUGUAAUUUUGCGGUUUAGAAACUUGUAUGGAGAUUUGAGAAUCAAGAUAACAAGUCUUUAAUGAAGUUUGAGAUAUACUUUACAGAGAAUCCUGUCAGUCAUAAACACAUUUUCCGAAAUUUACUUCCAUUGUACUUUCUGGAGCAUUUUACUUUGAUUUUUCAAAGGUACUUUCUUGAUUUUUCAGUAUUUAAAUGAAAUCAGAGGUAAUAAGAGAUAAAAUGAUAAGUUUCAACAAAUAAUCACCGGACAAAAUUCUCUUCAAAUCCCAAAUACUAAAACAAACGU